AUGGAACCCAGAGCCACUGUAAAUAACGUGACUGAGCUCAUUUUCACCGGCCUCUUCCAGGAUCCAGAGGUGCAGAGAGUGUGCUUUGUGUUCUUCCUCUGCGUGUACCUGGCCACAGUGCUGGGCAAUGGCGUCAUUGUCCUGACGUUCAGCUUCAGCAAGAGUCUCUGUUCCCCCAUGUACUUCUUCCUCAGCUACCUGUCCAUGGUGGAGAUCUGUUACUCCUCUUCUGUCGUCCCUAAAUUUAUCAGUGACUUCCUUGCCAAGAUCAAAACCAUCUCCAUGAAGGGCUGUCUGGCUCAGAUAUUCUUCCUCCACUUCUUUGCUGUGGCUGAGAACCUGUUGCUGGUUGUGAUGGCCUUCGAUCGCUAUGUGGCCAUCUGCAGACCUCUUCAUUACAUGAACAUCAUGAGCCGUCCACUGUGCCACCUGCUGGUGGCUGGUUCUUGGCUGGGGGGCUUUGUCCACUCUAUAAUUCAGAUUUUCAUCACCCUUCCCCUGCCCUUCUGUGGUCCCAAUGUGAUUGACCACUACUUCUGUGACCUGCAUCCUUUAUUCAAGCUGGCCUGCACCGACACCUUUGUGGAGGGAGUGAUUGUCUUAGUCAACAGUGGGUUAAUCUCCAUCCUCUCCCUCCUCAUCUUGGUGUCCUCCUACGUGGUCAUCCUGGUCCAUCUGAGGAAGCAUUCUGCAGAGGGGAGGCGCAAGGCCCUGUCCACCUGCGCCUCUCACGUCACCGUGGUGGUCUUGUUCUUUGUGCCCGCCACCUUCAUCUACAUGAGGCCUGACUCCAACUUCACUGGGGACAAACUGGUGGCCGUGUUCUACACUGUCAUCACCCCCAUGCUGAACCCCAUCAUCUACACACUCAGAAACGCCGAGGUGAUAAAUGCCAUUGGGAAGUUGUGGUGCAAAAAGGGCAGAGGUGUGGGAAAGUGA